AUGUCCAUGUCCAGGAGUGUUCUGCAGGAAUUAUGCGAGUACAUCAAACAGAAACCGUCGUCCGUGCUUGGCAACAAGUUCUUUGACUAUCGAAUUGUACUGCCGUCAGAAAUAUCCUAUAAGGGAGAGAAAUUCGAACCUAGGAUUUUUGUCAUAUCUAAAUUUCGUAUUUUUCUGCUCACUGGAAAGUCUCCGUCAUCUUUAAAGAUUGAUCGAAGCUACCAUAUUCUUGCAAUAAAAUCUAUUAACACUCUAAAGGGCGAGGAGGUGGCCAUCUCCUUUGAAGACGCCGGACACAGAAAACGAUACGUUAUUAAAAGCUCGCAAGCAACGGCUUCUGUGUUGAUAAGGCACAUUCUUAACUCAUUAUUACGCUAUUUUCCGGACAUAAGAUCGCAAUUGCAAUCAAUGAUUGAAUUGGCCCCUGAAAGUUUAUAUAACGAAUUUUCGACGAUGAAUGGGGAUGCUGAGGCCAGGGCAUGCCAUUCUUUCAGGAGAACAUAUGCUGCACUAUGUGAUUAUUAUGAUCAGCCAUACAGGGAAGAAGUUUCAUGGGAUGUUGAGAAGAUAUACACAGUUAAUCGGAUAUACUGCUUGCGGGUCGAGGAUUUCUCUCACUUAUUACCCAAGGAUCUACUGCCCAUCACUGGUGUACUGCAGUACUCAUCUUACUUUACGGGUCUCAUCGCCGAUGGUACUCGUAUGACUGCUGAAGUGAUCGAUGUUAUAAUGGGUGUCGUUCGCAAAUCCCGCUGUCUCCAGCAGCUUCAUCUAAAGAACUGUGCCCUGCCGCGAGACUUCAUCACUUUAUUUGCUUCGGCAUUACAGCAAAAUACGUCGAUCCCACUAGAAUCGAUAGAUUUUUCGAAAAAUGUACUUGAUGAUAAGAAAGGUUUCGUACUUCUCUCUGGAGUGCUCCCUCGUCUAUCAAAACUUCGUAAAGUGAACUUCUCUGAAUGUACUCUCAGUGACAAGUGCCUGCAAUUUUUUUUCGCUGGGAUAUAUUCUGGACUAACGGCCAAGUCAAACAGCGGGAUGGGGUCUAGUAUAACCCAUCUUAUUUUAUCAACGAAUGUUUUGAAAGACGAUGUAUCCUCAUUAGUCAACGUGGUCUCACUCUGCACGUCCUUACGAGUUCUUGAGUUGACCGAUACUGGAUUCCCACUAGAUAAAAUCUGGGCCGCAUUAAAAUAUGGAGGUCUACAGAUUGAAAAGCUAUGUCUUGGUGGAUGUUAUAGGACUGAUCUAUGGCUGAUUCAUUGCGAUCAGGUUAAAGAGUUCUUCUCUAUGGCCGUGAACUUAUCGCACAUUAGCUUUGCUAACACUAUUCUACCAGCAGAUAUAAUGAAAGCGUUGUUACUUGGAUUAGCUAGUAACCAACAAUUGAAGCCUUUUCAUCUGGACAUCAGUGGAACAUGUGAGAAGAAUUGCGGUGCAGUGCUAGAGGCAUGUUUGGCAGGUGUACAGUGCAGCAGCAUUUCACUCAGAGACAACAAUUUGGAGACAGACAUGCAGGGUGUUGUCCACGCUCUCGGAAAUAUGAAGAAGUUGCGCCGUGUCGAUUUAGGCGGUGCGAAUUUGAUUGCUCUACGACGAUCUUCGAAGCAAGCUCAUGUGGCUAUAAUCAAUAAAAUUGUUUUUGACAUUGUUAAACUAUUCUCCGAUGAAUCCCCGUUGGAAGAGCUGAUCUUGUCAGAUGCACGACUUGGACCUCAUCUAAGUGUUCUCCUAAAUACAUUAGGUACACCGACAUCGUUGCGUCUUCUCGACAUAUCCAACAAUGAUCUAGGGCAGUUUGGUGCGAGGAUUCUUUCGAAGGCCUUGCAGUUGAAUGUAUCACUGCGUACCAUUAUAAUCGAUAACAACCAUUUGGGUCUUGAAGGCUUGCUUGAUCUCGCGAUGGCUGUCAACAUGAACAGAACUCUUACUUCCAUUCCUUAUCCAAUGCAAGAUGUCAGCGAAUGCUUGUCGAGAGCAGGAUGCGAUCGGUCGCGUAUACUAUCAACUAUGUCUGAAAUAGAGUUGUCUCUUGAGAGAAACCGUUCACCAAUGAAUUCGGAUAUGGCCAAUUUUCGGAUGACUUCCGCGGUUUAUAUUCUUUCUAAUACGGCAGAAGAUGUUCUUUCACAUCGAUUUUCGGUUUAUUCCAAAAAAAUAUUUUUUUCCUUUCAGAUGCGUUGUGAAUGUGCCCUUAAUUUACAAGACUCAAUUUUUCGACACAGUGGUGUUUCCGAAGAAUAUUCACAACACAGUGGAAGGGCAGAGAAAAUCGCAGUUCACCGUCUCAAAGAACUCAUCGAUUCUGGACACAGGCCUCGUAGCAUCAUUGGAGAUUUACACUCUCCUCUAAGUGCUCCAUUAUCACGAGAUGACGAAUCAGGUAUAACACUAGAUGCUCCUCCUCAACCAUCAGCUUUGGUGCAUUUGCAGAAGUCUCGCCCAAGGUUGCCAAAGAGAUCUGGAAUAUCAUGUCAAAGUAAGUCGUUACAACCUAUACGUAUUAAAAACUUUCGAAAUAUGGAUUUUAUGCUUGUUCAGCACCCAUCAGAACGUGUCGGUUUCCGUGCUGCGAUGUUACCUGAUGCCGGAUUCUUGUCGCAAGUAUUGUCCCGUUCUGCUGCCGAUAGGGCAGUGUCGCCAAAACCAGAGUCUCCAGUUCAGAACUCGGCGCUCAGUUCUCCGGGCCCAUCAUGUUCUCCUCGGAUCACUACCGAUCCAGACUCACCUCCUCCGCUACCAAACCGUGUCAGGUGA